AUGGACGGUCCUCGUUGGCCCGUGACGAUGACCUCGACCAAGAAGACCAUGUCCAGGUCAUUUUUGAUCGACACGCUCAUAGGCAGCGUCAAACGUCCCUCCACCACCGCUGCCGUGGCCGCUGCAGCCGCUGCAGCCACUGUAUCCGCGGCCUCCGUACCUUAUCACCCACAACUCAACGAGUACAUUCAGUUCUUGAACAGGACUGCAGCGGCGGCCGCCGUCUACGGAUACCAAUCGUCGACGCCUGUUGCGUUUCCAUCGGCUACUAAUCCAAGGUUUUUCGGUUAUCCGGUCGGUGGUAGUAGCAGUGGAGGUGGUGGUGGUGCAUUUGUCAAAGACCACCAACAGCAACACCACAAUCACCAACACCACCACCACCAAAAGCAGGCAGUCGUAAAACCCGUUCCCGUUGUAGCCACCAACACGGGCCAAAGGAAUAAACCACAUCAUGACAAAACUACGGCGAAAAAGAGAGCUGUAAAUGAAAUGAUGGCUUACGAUCCGGAUUGUGCUGUGUCUGAAGAUCCACUACGAGAAAAUGGUGAGAGCGACACAGAUUCCGGAAGUUCGAAAAGGAUCCGGACAGCGUUUACCAGUAACCAGCUAUUAGAGUUAGAACGAGAAUUCUCCAGCAACAUGUAUUUGUCACGAUUGAGGCGCAUAGAGAUCGCCAACUGUCUGCGGUUGUCUGAAAAGCAGGUGAAAAUUUGGUUCCAGAACAGACGGGUUAAGCACAAGAAAGAAGACGGACCAACGUCAUCGACCAAACCAGGCACACCAUGCUGCAACUGUCCGAAAUCGUGUCAUCAGUCGUCCACGGCGGUCGGAAGUACGUCCGGUUGUCGACAAAAUGAUACCGACGGCGGAGAUGGUGAUGAACGUUGUGGUCGGUUUGACUAG